AUGCCUGGCACACAGUAUACACUACGAGUGUUUGUCACUAUUGUUAUUAUUAUUAUAUACAGUGCAGUGAGGCUACAGCCCCCGGACGGCUCACAGCCCACAGCCUCAACUGCAGGCCUACGACAGGCAUCACCCACUCCCGGGAGCCAGCCAGCUUGCACGGCGGCAGUCGGCCUGGAUUUCUCCGUGCUGCGCGCCCCCGAGCCCCUCAAGGGGCCCUGCACACUCCAGGGCGGCGGGCGCGGGGCACCCUCGGGCACCCCUGGGCGCGCUGUCAGCUGUGGCCGGGGCGUAGAGGCGGUUCCCGCCCACCCUGGCCGGGCCAGCAGCACACCCUGGGGCCAAGACGCCCUAGCUGACAGUCACACCCGGGCCGCGCCGCCUGGGACCGAGCCGGGCGCCCAGUGGCCCCUGGCGGGGGCAGGGCAGUUGGGUGCCAGGAUGCCCUGCAUCAUCGCUCACCUCUCGGAACUGAAGGCGGGAGCAGUCAGGGCCCCCGGCCAGGCCCUCGGAGGACGACCUGCCCCUCCCCCCCCCCGCCCCCCCGGGCCCUACCCCCGCCCAGGACCCUACCCCCCACCCAGGUCUUACCCGCCCCCGCCCGGGGCCCUAGCCCCUUCUCAAGGCCCUACCCCCAACCAGGAACCUACCCCACCAGGGGCCCUAGCCCCGCCCCCCCGGGGCCCUUCCGCCUCCCAGGCCCUAACCGCCCCCGCCCCCCGCGCCUCCCGCGUCGGUCCACAAGCCCGGCCCGUCGUGCGCUCCGCUCCUCGGGCUGCCGCCGACCUGCGGCUUCCAGCGACCCGGGCAGCACACGAGGCGUCCGCGGCGGCAGGCUCCUGGUCGCGCGCGUCUCCCUCACCUCGGGCCCGCAGGGGCGACGGCGACUCUCCUCCCCGACGUCCGCCGCUCCGCGCUUCAAACUCAGCCACAAGAUUCAAACCCAAGCCAGCCUUCCCAGCGCCCCGUCUCAUUGGCCGCCGGCCCCGUGACGCCAUCACGUCGGACGUUGCCGCGGCGCGCGGCCGCUGGGCGCCGGGACUCCGGGCCGCGCCGCUCCGCGGAGGGGGCGUGGCCGCGCGUCGCCGGGGCAACGCGCGCGCUGUUUCCGGAGGCGCCGACCCAGCUAAUGCAAUAGUUACUUGUGUGGUGCUGGUGCUGGGUUUGCAAGGUGUCAAGGUUGCACCGGUUACUGGUGUCUGCGGAGGACUUUCCCGCCAGCCCCGUCGGGGCCCGCUACCGGGUCUCCGCACACCUGGCGGGGAUGCUGGCCGCGCGUCCGGCGCUGGAGUCCGUCUCCACUGGCCGCUGGGCACCUGGCCCCCGAGGCCCCCAUGGCCGCCCGGCCCUGCAGGUGGGCACACGGGCGUCCCCGCGCCGCGGUCAAGGCCGCCGCUGAGCCCCGCAGGACGUCAGGAGCCCCGAGUGUGGGGCGCCGGUGUGUCGGGGGGUGGGCGGGGGGGAGAGCCAAGGCCAGCGCAGCCCGCGGCGCUGGAGCAGGCCGCCUGCACGCCGUCCGCCCGCACAGGUGCCGCGGCAGCGGGGCUGCUGGCCCGGGGAGGGGGCGCGGCGCCCCGGGCGCCCCGGCUGCGGGCUCGGCCGCGCAGCGGAACCAAAGGCCGGCGCUCGCGCGGGGCCGCGGCGGACCCGCCCCCCGGUGCGGUCCGUCCGCGCGCGGGUCCCCCAGGCCCGGCCUCGACGUGCGGCCGCGGGCCCCAGCUCCCGCCCCGCCAGCCCGCUCCGCGCCGCAGACUGAGCCUGGGCCUGUCCGGGAUCCGUGACCGCGUGGGGCCCGGCCGCAGCUCUCCGCCUCCCCUAGUUGGCGAGCUCCCCAGCCAACGGCCCGCGAGAGGCUGCGAGCGCGCGGCACGUAGACCCAGGGUCGCGGCCACCCUGCUGGGCCUCGAACCCGGAACCCGCUGGAGCAAAUAG